UUCACUGUAUUGUUUCGGGGCGUUAAAUAAUGUAACUCAAAACACUCCGAUGUUUCCAUGGAAGCCUACCAUAAGCGGUCGUUCCUUGAUAGCUAGCGAAACCUCAAAGCUACUAGAGCUAGCUCCUGAAAAGACGAGCAGAAUGAACCGGUUGAAUUCCACCGUCCCUGUAGACGAAUACCUCGCUGACAGCAGUGUGUUAUUUUACCUGAGUGAUGCAGUGACCCAGCUCCUGGAACAUAAAGAGGAAUACACACAGUUUGGGGUGAUCCGCUACUUUGCUGAAUAUUUCAGCAGUGUGAAGAACAGUAACCACGUCCUCUUCAGAGAGUAUAACUACAUCAAGGCCACUCCUCAUAACAGAGCCUCCUUCAUCAGAGUCUUCUGGAGAUGCUACAGGCAGAUCGGCAAGAGCGGGGACUUACUGUCCAUGCAGGAGUACAGGUCUCUGCUGCAGUUACUGUGUCCAGACUUCCCUGCAGAGAUAGUGCAGAGCACAGCCAGAAUUGUUUUGAUGGACGACGCCAUCGACUGUCCGAUGUCUUUCUCUGAUUUCCUUUACGCCUUUCAGCUGCAGCUCUACUACCAAGAAUUCCUGGAAAGUGUGUUGGUGAUCUACCAGGAUCUGUUAUCAGGAAAGAGUCCAAACACCGUCAUUGUCCCCACAUCCACCUCCAUUGAGCAGCUCCCCUCUGUGGCUGCAGAGGAGAACGAAAAGGAGGAGCAGCAGCAUGACGGGGUGGAGCCGUCCACUCUGGCUCAGUGUAUAGACGACCUGUGUGACAGGUUCAAACACAGUUAUCCCCCCAGGUCCUGUACGAAUGAAGCCCUGGAGCAGGUCGACAAAGUCUCUUACUACAGCUUUCUAAUGAGUCUGGCCAGAUACGAGACCAUCAACCAAGCUAUUGGAGCAUUACCCAGUAAGGCAGAGCUGCUCAUUGACCCUGAGAUGGACCAGGAACUGGACAAGCUAAUCGCCCAGAUUUCAGUGAGUCCUGGCAGCAACAGCAGUGGCAGCGCUAUUGGGGCACUGAAGGAGGUGCAGAGGAAGGCCUCCCCGAGGAGACACAUCCACCACAGGAGGAGGAUGGAGGUGGAAAGUGACGGCUCCACGGAAGAGACGGACUCCUCUGAAAACUGACCUCAGCGCUCUGUGGCAUGUAAAUCUCCAUCUGCACACUGUGGCUGCAUGCUACUUUCAAAACCUAUUAGCCUUUCAUUUGCCCUGUAAACCUGAACUCCAAUGGAGGAUAAGUGCACAUUGAGAAUCUCAUGAAGUUAAGCCGUGAGGUGUUACAGGGGAAACAUGCUAAACAUGCUAUAAUGGCUGCUAAAUCAUCAUUUUGGUUAAACCUUUUAAUCAUCACUCUCUUCAAAGCCACCAGACACUAAUGGAAAAAAACAGUAAUUCAAUCUUCCAGAGCACAGACUUAUUGCUUCAGUUAGACUUUUACUUUUUGAUGCACUUUAGAUUCACUGUCGAUGCUAUUGUUCCUAAUAGUCUUAGCACAUGCCUGUAGUGUGUUUCAAGUGUUAUUGUUCUGUCUCCAAAAAGAACAUUUGUCUUCCCCUCUAUGUGAGUGAGUUGUGAUGUAACCAGUCUUAGUAGAAAUAAGCAGAGACUGUAUAAAACAUGGAUGCAGGCUUAGUGAUGAUGUCAUUGGUGUCUGAAGAGGUGUUGAGAAGCUGAAAGAUGGAGGUCACCAUAUUGUACAUGCUGACUCCAACAACCAAUCUUUAUUUAUAUAGUAAUAAACUUUAUUUAUAUAGCACUUUUCUUAACAAGUUUACAAAGUUCUUCACAACAAAAAAUCAGAGAAUUACAAAGCAUAAAAAACGGUGCAAACAGGGAGAGAAAAAAAGACAGAAGCAAAACAGGAAAUCUGAAUGCAGAGCAAAUUCAAACAUGUAGCACCAAUUCACGAAAAAUGUUAUCUCAAAAUGCUUUACAAAAACAGCAGGUCUGGAUUGUAGUCUAUGUACUAUUAUUUACAAAGACCCAACACCAAGACAGGAUAAGAUCCAGUCCCAUCUUACAGACAGGACUCUGUCUUAUCUCGUCUUAAUCCACCAUGAGCAGAGCACUUUGCAGCUUUUAACAAACUAACAAUGGCAAAAAAACUGGCAAAGAGGCAAAGUUGAGGUGGGCUUUUAUCCUCCUGGCAAACAGAUACAACACCCCCACCUGUCAGUCAACCAACUACGCUGUAAUUAUGCAAAUCCAUGCAGAACUCUUAGCGUCAAUAUAGUGAGAAUGGAUGAGUCACAACAAAUGUAUCCCCCAUAAAAUGUUUAAUGAUAAAGAAAUUAUGUGAAAAACCUUAUUUUUCCCCAGGCUGUAAACACAUACAAUUCUGCUGCAAUAGAUUAGCAUUUUAAUAUAAAGCACAUAUUGGUUACACAGGCUAUUAGUGGUCAAAAUGUAGUCACGUAAAAUAAAUGGCAAACGUAACAUGCAAGUUCAUAGCCUUUUGAAGUCAGUAGAUGGCAGUGUAGUUACUUAUUAACUAAAGGGUCAAAAACAUGGUCUAAUAUUAAUUACUAUGUUAAACAAUACUUGUUUUUCACAUACAGACAGACUUAGAUUCAGUUUCAAGAAAACUUGUAAAAAUGUUAAACAAUUGGCAUGGUUAAGUCUGCAUUACUGUUGUCCUUUAAUCUCUGUUGAGCAAUCUUGUCCAAACUGGAACUCCAGUCAUGAUUCAGCUUUGAAUCAUUUAUGUCUUUUUUUAUUGGUGGACACAGGGAGACUCUGAUUGUCACUGAGUGUCUCAUGGUGAAAAGUAAGGUUAGCAGUGUCUCACACUUUGUGGUCCUUUGACAAAUCAAGCCUUUGCUUCCACAAUAAGUUCAACACAGAUUGCUGUAGCAGAUACAUGUUUUUUGUUUUAUGUUUUCCAAUCAGUUGUGUUGAGCUUUGUGAACAGAGACUCAACUGAAUGCCUCCGUUACUUCCCCUACAUGUUCAUAACUUGUACACCGAGCAGCUCGAGCAUAACAACACUAUUUUAUUAGUUUAUUUAUUUUUUUAUGUGUGAAGACUAACAUUACGCUUAUUAUGUGAAUGAUAUGUAACAUGUAUGAACCCCUUUACCUUCUGUGAAUAAUAAAGCUGUCUCUGUCAUGA